AUGGAUUCAUAUGUCGACGCCGCCUUUCUGAGACAGGACUCUCCCUUCGAGGAGUAUCCAACGCCUGCUGCUUCUUCUGAUGCAGAGACGACAGUCGAUUCUGACCUCAAGCCUGAGCCACAAAAGAAAAAACGCAAGGCUUGGGGUCAACCAGUCCCGGAGAUAGUUCCUAUUCUCCCUCCACGAAAGAGAGCCAAGACUGCCGAAGAGAAGGAACAGCGGAAGAACGAAAGAAUUCUCCGAAACAGAAGGGCAGCCGACAAGUCCAGACAACGACAGAAAGCUGCUCAGGCGGGUCUCGAACAACAGAAUAUUGACCUGUUGGCCGAGAACGCUCAGCUGAAACAGCUUCUACAAGCACAUGGUCUCUUAGACACGUUUCAUUUUACAGCACCAUCUCCUUCAGUCGAUUUGUCAGUCAAACUAGAACCUGAAGUUCCAAACACACCAGUUUUAUCACAACCUACACCUUCAUCAAUAUCAGAACAGGACACUCCAUAUCUUGCCCCUCAACUUGAUAUGGGCCAGGUGACCUUAUCGUCCGCUACUCUUCCUGAAUCCGCCGGUUUUGGAGAAGAAGCUUCGAUUAUUGGAACCGAGUUCUUUGGUGAAUACACUUUUGACCCUAAUUCACUACCUAAUAGUUGCGAUGACAUCCUCAACUCACUCAACUUCAACGCUCUUGUCGAUCCACCGUCUCUUCCAGACUUUGGAGCAGGCAUUGGCAACGACUACCUCACAGCUGGAACAGAUUGUCCUGAACAACUUUCAGCUGCUACAUAUUUUGAUUUCGGUGCCUUCGACGCCGACACAACCAGCGAUUUUCCGAAUCAGACUUCUCAGUCGACUUCUGGCUUGCAAUCCCAGUUUAGCGCCUCUCUUGACGAUGGCCGCAGACAAGGCUUUGCAGCAGAGAUUGACUGA